AAGUCCAGGUCCUAGUAUGUACCAACGGCAGCAUGCGUCGAAACCGUUCACAUUGAACGAGGCCCUACCUUAUACUCCCUUUACAUCGGUCUUUCCCUUUGAACCAGAUAUCAUCCGUAAUCCUACAAUCGGCUCCGGUCCUCUCGCUCCAUCUCUCGCCGGUCUAGUCUCUAGAGAAGACUACGAUGCCUUGAAUAAAGAAGCCGAGACUUCUAGCCACUCGAAGCGUGUUGAGGGAAGUCUUGAAUUCGUACAACAUCUUCUCAAGACGGACAAGAUCACACACUUCCAAUUCAAGACCGCGCCGAAGGCUUCAUUGUCACUAAACCCGCCAACUACCAGUAUCGCCGAUGGAAUUACGCCCUUUGCCAAGUUGGUUUAUGACAAUACCUCCAUCUCUUUCCGUUAUUCCAAUACUGAGACCUCGAACGCUUCAACCCCGAACGGCCUCGGCCACGGCCUUGGUCACGGUCACGGUCACGGCAUGUCUCCCCGGUUCUCAAAGAAGUCGUCACCCAAGGCACGCAGACAAGAACCGCCCAAGGUAGUCAAGCAUAAUCCCGCUACUUCAAAUGCGCAAGCAGUUGCGCAAAACAAGUCUCGCAUCGAAAUUCAUCUGCCCACAAGAAAAGAACUGGAUACUGCCGCUUCCAUUUACACCUCCCCCAAGCCUCCCCCUCCAUCAUCACCUCUAGCAGCACAAAUUCAAGCUCAGACAGUUUCACUCGCGGACCUGAUGGUGACACCAAAGCCACCCCUUCCGGUCUCACAAACCUCACAAGUACCACCUUCAUCAGCCUCGAAGGUGGAACCGGAAACACCAACACCGCAGCCUAUUAUACCAAAGACCGAAGUAUCAGAAGCUCCUGAGCAGUUAUCUCACAUACCAGACCAAGGUCGGCCUACAUCGUCGCUAUCCUCCACCAAGCAUGGCGCUGCCAUUCAAAUUGAACUGCCAGCGGCUAGUUUUGAUAGAAACGAAUUCGCUGUAGUCCCCGAUGCACCUGAUGCUCCGACACACUUAUCUGCGAAGAGAAAACGCGCCGCACAAGAUGACUUUGAAGACCCCCUCGGGGGAGAGCUCAACCAGCGCGAGCUUGCCAAUGCCGCUUUUGAGGAUCUGCGCAGAUGUUUCCAGGAGAUAUUUUCUGCCGAGGAUUACCUAUCAAGCGAGCGAGGCACCGCAUCACAUCUAAUUACGUUGACGAAUGAUCAAGAACCUACCAUGUCAAUAGCUGCACAUGACAAAGCUCAUAAGCAAAUAAAUAGGGCCAUUAGUCUCGGCUGUUUCCGCCAAGCGCCUGUAGAUGAUCUACUCCGAGUCCAAAGUUUGAGUGAAGGCUCUUUGAAGCACGCGGACGUGCUCGACUUCAAGCUGGAUGAGACAUGGGGAGAAACAGAAGUCGGAUUUUGGGUACAGCAGCUCCAUGACAUCGAAAUGGGACUCAAAGCCGCGCGUACAUCGUUCCGCAUCAUGUGUGGCGGUCGGGAGGAGAGGCAGCUGUAUUCCGAAGACCUAAUUCAACAAGGGUUAAAUCUCUUCAGAAAUGUCAUAAGUGACAUUAUCAUCCCAACGGCUGAAUUGCGGAGCACUGGCCCUACUAGUAACUUGUUCCGCCUGCUCGCAACGCACAAAAAGGCCAUUAGCACCCUUUUCACUACUUGCCAGAAGGUCUUCUCUCUUAUGUCUGACUUGAUAGUCAGCAUUGACCUCUCAGAGACCGUCGUACACACUCUAGAGUUCGUGGCAUCGCGUCUAAUAUUCGUGGAGAAUGCUCACACGGAGAAGGAUUCGGUCGUAGGUGUUCAAAAGUUUGAUGCCCUUCGCCUAGUCGCCAUGAACGUAUUGUCGCAGAUAUUCCUGAUGAACCCUGCACAGAGAGAAGGAAUCUUCAACGAGAUCUUGACUUCCCUUGAGAAAUUGCCUAUCGGGAAGCAGAGUGCGAGGCAGUUUAAACUUUCCGAAGGAAAAAGCAUCCAGCCUGUCUCGGCUCUGAUCAUGCGGCUAAUCCAGGCAAGUGCCGGGAAGGUAGAUGACCGCAAAGAAAAGCUUCGCGGCCGGAUGAUGCAGAGUCUAGCAGAAAAUGACGGAAACGGUGGUCCUACAUCAUCCUCCGACGGCGUCAAUGGGAAACCGGAAAACACCUACACGGUCCGAACGGAGGAAAGCGCCGCAGUUCAGCACUCAACAGCCAUCCAAGAGCUACAGGCCCUCGCGAAGACACUUGCGGAUGGCGCUUACCGCAACGCCACGUACGUUGUCAACUUCAUAGUGAAGCGAGCAUUAAAGUCUACCAAGUCUGGGGAUACUCCAUAUCGAAAUUUAUUAGACUUAUUCAUCGAAGACUUCACUACCUGCUUGGACUCCCCAGAUUGGCCCGCGGCUGAACUAUUACUUCGGCUUACAAUGUACAUGAUGUUCCAACAGGUAGAUGGUGAUAAAAAUGCAGCGCCCGCAAGAAACAUGGCAUUAGAACUCCUCGGUGUUAUGGCCGCGGCUAUCUCGAAGUUGCGAUCUCACGUCCGGAAGACCGCUACUAAUUUUGAGGGAAGCGACUCGGAUGAACUUGGUCAGUGGUUAGCUGACCUGACUCUUAACGUUCUCGAGGGCAACAUGUCGAUGGAAAAGACUGUUAGCUGGCUAGGGCCGUAUCGCGUCGUUUUAGAACACUUGCAAGAUCGUUUGGGUGACGACCCCUAUCUUAAGGGUGCCAUCUCCUAUCUUAUCACAGACUGGGGAACGCAGGUUAGCCUUGGAUACGAUUCCGUUGCAAAUGAGGAAUCAGAGGAAAGAGAUUCCGAGCUCGGAAGAAUUGCAUUUCGUCUUCGCAACAUGAUCGAUGACCCAAAAUGGCUCUCGCGGGAAUACAGUUUCAAGUCGGUGGUUCCUAACCACGCGAAGCUUUCUCACUCAACGAUCUUGCUCCGAUCAAGUUUUUGCGCUUCGUUCAAAAACAUUCUAAACAUACUCAUGGGAUCCAUGACGACAGAUCAGGCAACUGUGCGCAGCCGUAGUCUCAAGAGUAUAAACCUCGUACUCGAAACAGACCCGACCAUUCUCGAUGGCGAUAGUGUGUUCAUCCAGCUCAUUCUUCAGUGCUCUAAUGAUUCCUCGCCCCAAGUACGUGAUUCGGCCCUGGGCCUUAUCGGGAAGUGUAUGGCCAUGCGCCCCAGACUAGAGGAGAAGAUGACGCCAACGGUCAUCCAAAGGUUCAUCGAUUCCGGCAUAGGUGUACGAAAAAGAGCGAUGAAAUUGGCUAAAGAUAUUUACCUUGGUAACGAGAGUAAAUCAGUUCGAAGCACCAUUGCAAAUGGAUUGCUACAUCGUACACAAGAUCCGGAUGAGGGCGUACGGGAGCUUGCAAGGCAAAUGAUAGAAGAAGUUUGGAUUUCCCCUUUUUAUAAGGAGGAUGACUCAGUCGCUUUCAAGCAGGCUAUUACCGACCAUGUAGCUUUAAUGGUUCAGACUGUUAAGCAGGGAAACACCGCGCUCGUCCUAGACAAAGUCUUCCAGACAAUUCUUUCGCCUGACUCUAAACUUGCGGAAGCUAAUUCUCGAGUCUGUACGAGACUUGUCGCCGACUUAGUCGAUCUUAUCGGCAAUCCUGAGUCAGACGACCCGUCAAUUCCUUCCAGCAGGGAUGCUUUCCAAGUCCUGAUGAUCUUUGCAAAAGCCGAUCCCAAGUUAUUUACUUUCGAACAGAUUCGGCAAUUGCAGCCUCAUAUUUCCAGCGUCAGUACAAGUGAGGACUUGACGGUCUCAAGAGCUGUGGUCGUCAUAUAUCGCCGUGUGCUGCCCCAGGUGUCAAGUGUACAUUCAAGUUUCCUUUCUGAAGUUCGGAAGUCUCUCAUGCCUGCAACAUCUAAAGUCACGAGGGCACUCCUUGACGACGUCGUGGCAUGCCUCUGGAUCGUCAGCGGGCUUCUCGACUCAUUCGAGCCUCUCGCGCGCCUACCUAUAUCAUGCCUCAGAAAUAUCCAGUUGAUGAGUGGCAAGGGUCCGCUUGACCGAACUAAAAUCAGACAGUUUGAUCGAUAUUCCCUCAUCGUUGGAAUGAUUGGUAAGCAUUGCAAUCUAGACAGCCACCUAGACCGCUUCAAGUCCGACCUCAAGUUACCAAAGUGGAAGGGUUCUGUAUCAAAGCUCAUGGUAGACUUUCUCGUCCCUUUCGCGAGCCCCUCUCAACCAGCAGACGUGAGACGUCCAGCACUGGAUGCCAUUGGGCUCGUCUGUCAAUCCAAUCCUAGGAAUUACGUAUCUGCUAAUGUCUAUACGACAUUCCAACAAGCAUUUGACGAGCGCAUGCCGAUUCUGGAGUCAAUGAUCCUCCGGUCUUUCAAGGAAUUCCUGUUGAUAGAAGAACAGCGGUCUGAACAAUCGGCUGCCGGCAAAGAAUCUGCUAAGAGAGAUUUGAAAGUAAUGGGCGGCACUAGUUUUGACGAUGUUGCUAGUGCGACUACUCAGCGGUUCCUGAAAGAUAUUACUCGUAUCACCUUAGCGACUUAUGACGACCACGCCUUUCUAGCCACGGAAGUAUUGGCGAGCAUUAACAGACAAGGUCUUGUACAUCCGAAAGAGACGGGUGUGACACUUAUUACGCUUGAGACCUGCCCAGUACCCAAGAUCUCGGAACUGGCAUAUCAUGAGCAUAGGGCACUUCAUGAGAAGUACGAGAGCGUACUUGAGAGGGAGUAUGCAAAAGCCAUACAAUCAGCUUUUCAGUAUCAACGCGACGUUAUCAAAGACCCGCGAGGUGCAACUGAGCAUCCGUUCAUGUCAAAGCUUCAUCUUCUCACCGAAGUGUUAAAGAUCAGCAAGUCUAAAAAUCGCGUUCGAUUUCUCGAAAAACUUGUUGGGCAAAUUGACUUCGACCUUUCGAAGCUUUCCGCAGGCCAGGCAUUAUCUUCACAUGUCGAGUUUUCUCGGUUUAUAAUCGAAAAUAUUGCAUUCUUUGAGUUCGUCACGAUUGGAGAGUUGCAGACCACAAUCAUUGCCAUGGAGAAGAUCGUAACUGGAACUGGAUCUGGUAUAGCCCAAGCUAUCGAGUCCGAAAUCUUCCAUGUACGGAUGGAUCCGGUGUCUACUUCCCAGCAAAACGCCAGCGGUGAAGAACAGCCCAGUGUUCCGGUGCCGCCUACUAUUGAUUCCCAACGACUUCGCCAGCUAGCAGCUGGCUCGGUGAUCCUCCUCGCUCUUUGGGAGGUACGCACAUACCUACGUCGUUUGUAUGGGCUUAGCUCCAGCCGGCGCGAGAGCAAGGGCAAGGCCGCCCCGAAGGAUCUCGCCAGGUCCCCAGUCAAGGUUCAGGGUGUUACCGGAGACAAGUUCUGGGAUGACGUAUCCAGAAUUAUGUCUGCAUUCGACUCACCGGAGCAUAUGAUAGAACAAUGCCGGGCAUUUGUGGAGCUCUUAACUGUCGACAACGAAGUCAAGGUUCCAGACGAAGAGGAAGAGUUUGAUCUCGAUGGAGAGGCAGCGUCUCCUGAUCCCGAAGAUGACGAAGACGCAGCCGAGCAUGACCCCCGCGGUCGCAAGAGGAAGGCAGGAAAUGCACCUGGAGGACGAAAGAAACGGGCACGAUCCAACUCGAAGCCGAGGCCCCGAGGCCGGCCUAGAAAGCAGAGCAUGGAUCCGAUGGAAGCUGACCUCGGUGGCGAUAUGGAAUGGAUUUGAUCAAGAUCAUUACCAAGAUCUGGAGCAUUUCCACGUUUCAUUGCCACGCAGAGAUUGGGCGAGAUCGUCUCAUCAUACACACGACGCAAGAAAGAGGGGGGUUUUUUGCACGAACUGUAUGGCACAAUAGCAUUCAUAAACAUGGAAAUCGGCGUUUAGAAAAGGAAAAAGGGGAAAGGAGUCGAUCAAUUACAUGGAAUUCGCAUGAGGUGUUUGAAUGCAUGCUGCUGCCGCUUAGCAUCUAAGAGGGGAUGGAUGAUGGCUAUUCAGAAUUGCUGUUUUUUUUUCUCCUUUUUCUUUGUUGCAAUGAUACCUCAAUGUACUAUGGUUGCUUUGUACAAUACCUAAGAUGGGCGGAGAGUGGUUACCUAUUGGUGUGUCUACACGCUAGCUAGCUAGCUUCUGGUACCUACGGAUACAUGUACGAUCCGAGGUAGAAUUAAAGAUUCUGGCCAUCUCAGAUUAAGAUGAACUUGCC